CAUUAUCAAACACUUGCUAAAAAUCUUCACUCAUUGCAAUGUUGUCUUCCGUUGGAUUCAGAAAAUAACACCGUCCUCUAAUAUAAUGCUACUUGGAAGUGCAAUUUUUGUUAUGUGUUUUUUUGCAGACUUAGGUUUCUGUCAAGAUUUUGGUUAUGAUGGAACGAUUGGUCCAAAUUUCUGGGGCGAAAGAUACCAAAACUGUGGCCAUGGAAAACUUCAAAGUCCUAUAGAUAUUGAAGAAACGGAUGUUAUUGUGCAGAAAUUUCCUCCUCUAAUCUUCAAAAAUUUCGAUGAACCCUUGGAAAGCGUACAUCUGAAAAACAAUGGACAUACCGUUGUUGUAUCUAUCAGUGGAGGAGCCGUACCAUCGAUAUCUGGAGGACCUCUAGCGGGAACAUAUAAUUUUUCCCAGCUCCAUUUUCACUGGGGAAAAACCGAUGAGGAAGGAUCAGAAAAUUUGAUAAACAACCAAAGCUUCCCUUUAGAAUUACAUAUGGUGAUGUUCAAGACCGAUCAUGGUUCUUUUGCUGAAGCAGCUAAUGAAACGGAUGGACUAGCAGUAUUGUCUUUUUUAUAUAUUGCUACAAGUGAAGAUAACGAAAAUUAUGAGCAGUUUGCAGAGCAGUUACUUUUAGUUCAGGAUGUAGGAUCGAGUGUUGACAUUAAUGGAUUCGUUUCGUUGGACGAUUUCACUACAACUGACAGGAACCAUUAUUUCACUUAUAGGGGGUCUCUCACUACACCACCAUGUUCAGAAGUAGUGAUUUGGAUAGAGUUCAAAAACACCAUAAAGCUCUCUCACAAUCAGUUGCAAGAAUUUAGGGAACUCUCUGGACAAGAAGGAAAGUUGGAACAUAACUUCAGGCCAAUCCAACCACUUCAUGACAGGGUGGUGUACAUGAAUUCUCCAGAAUAAUAGAGAAGUUUAGUUUUGCCAAAAU